GCGGUGGGAUUCGCUUCGAAACGAAACCUCUCGCAACGAUUCGCCUCUGCCUCUCUUUUGCGGCGGGGGGAAGAGUCCAUUUGCCCCUUGCCUGGUUGCGGCCCUCUCGCGGUGGAAGGAUCGGAGUCCGUUGCCUGGAGGUAAUGGAGCGCGGAGCAGGGGCGGAGAGGCAGAUGAAGUACGUGCUGGUAACAGGCGGUGUGGUGAGCGGUUUGGGGAAGGGCGUAACGGCCAGCAGCAUCGGCGUCGUGCUCAAAUCCUGCGGGCUCCGCGUCACCUCCAUCAAAAUAGAUCCAUACUUAAACACUGAUGCAGGGACGAUGUCUCCAUUUGAACAUGGAGAGGUUUUUGUUCUUGAUGAUGGCGGCGAGGUUGAUUUGGACCUUGGAAACUAUGAGCGUUUCUUGGAUGUCACUCUUACCAGAGAUAACAAUAUUACCACAGGGAAAAUUUAUCAGUCUGUCCUUGAGAAAGAAAGGAAGGGUGACUAUCUUGGAAAGACGGUCCAGGUUGUCCCUCACAUCACUGAUGCCAUAAAGAAUUGGAUCGAAUCAGUGGCAACUAUACCUGUUGAUGGCAAGGACGGUGCUGCUGAUGUUUGCGUAAUAGAAUUAGGUGGAACUGUAGGUGAUAUUGAAUCAAUGCCAUUUAUUGAAGCUCUGCGCCAGUUGUCUUUUUCUGUAGGUAAAGAGAAUUUUUGUCUCAUUCAUGUGAGUCUUGUGCCAGUACUUGGUGUGGUCGGUGAGCAAAAAACAAAGCCAACACAACACAGUGUACGAGAACUGAGGGCUUUGGGUUUGACUCCAGACCUACUGGCAUGCCGGUCUUCACAGCCUAUACAGGAAAAUACAAAAGUCAAACUGUCGCAGUUUUGUCAUGUUCCAGUUGCUAACAUCCUUAAUAUCCAUGAUGUUCCGAAUAUUUGGCAUAUCCCACUGUUACUUCGGAACCAAAAUGCUCAUGAGGCCAUUAUAAAACAGCUGAACUUUUACAGCAUGGCUACUUCCCCCGAUUUAAAGAGUUGGACAGAGAUGGCAGAGACAUAUGAGAACCUAAAUAGCACAGUUAAGAUUGCUAUGGUUGGAAAAUAUACUGGUCUAACAGAUUCAUAUUUGUCAGUGGUGAAGGCCCUUUUACAUGCCUGUGUUGCUUGCUCAUUCAGACCAUCAGUUGAAUGGAUUGCAGCCUCAGACCUUGAAGAUGAGAGUGCACGUGUGACACCAGAAGCAUAUGAAAUGGCAUGGAAAGCCUUGAAAGGUUCUUCAUGCAUUCUCGUUCCUGGUGGAUUUGGUGAUCGUGGAGUGCCAGGAAUGAUAUUAGCAGCAAAAUAUGCUAGAGAAAACAAAAUUCCAUAUCUUGGCAUUUGCUUGGGGAUGCAGAUUUCUGUGAUUGAGAUCUCCAGAUCUAUUCUGGGUUUGGAAGGAGCAAACAGUGAAGAGUUUGACCCUCAAACACCACAUCCUGUUGUAAUGUUCAUGCCUGAGGGUUCAAGAACACACAUGGGGAGUACAAUGAGACUGGGGUCUCGGAGAACUUUCAUCAGGAGUCCUGAUUGUAUUACUUCAAAGCUCUACAAAGGUUCUGCAUAUGUGGAUGAACGGCAUCGGCACAGAUAUGAGGUAAACCCUGAUUAUGUUGGCAAGCUGGAAAGUGCAGGUCUUGAAUUUGUUGGCAGUGAUGAAAGCGGAACAAGAAUGGAGGUUGUAGAGCUUCCAAGUCAUCCCUACUACGUCGGCGUGCAAUUUCAUCCAGAGUUUAAAUCAAGACCUGGAAAACCUUCUGCUUUAUUUCUAGGUCUUAUAUUGGCGGCGACAGGUCAACUGCAGCCACAUCUAAAUAGGAUAUGAGAUCACUCUUCACUUCUUGAGGUAUAAUAUGGGUGAUGAGAUUUUGAUUUCUUACUCUCACAGAUCUGGAUUGCAGAAUGUGUGGUUUAAUUUAAUUAGGCCUUUUUAAGUUUUAUAGAAAAGCAUAUGGAAACUCGAGUCUAUAAAGCAGCGGUGCUGUGCUACCUGUUUGUUGGCUGGCUGGUGUCAAACAAGAGGGUAGUUUUUGCCUUGUUAAAUUGUGUGAGCAUCAGCAACAAAAAGGAAAAAGAAAUUGUUGGUGGCAAAAUAACAUAAUACAUAGAUAGUCCUUUGU